AUGGCCAAAGCCGCCGCAAACCCCAAAGCCACUAAACCCAAACCCGCCACCAAGCCCAAAGCUCCUCCCAAGCGAAAGCCCGCUAUGACGCCCGACUCCGAGGGCGAAUCCGAGAUGUCCGCUCCAGGCCUCUCGCUGGACCUCGACAAGACGCUGGUGCUUCGGCUGGCCCUGGCGAAGAUCGAGGCGUGCAAGAGCUUUGAUUGGCAUGAGCUGGCGAGGAAGCUGGGCGAGAAGGAGGGGGUUGUGGGGCAGGCGAAGGGGAGGAGGAAGAAGAAGGACGAGGGGAAGAAGGCAUGGACCGGGACGGAGCUGCAUGAGCUGUUCCAAUACACCAUCCUUCCCGCACUCAGGUCCGGCCGACCCCUCUGGGCCGAAGACGCCGUCGCCGGCGAGAUAUACCUCCCCUCCUCGCCUCUUCCCGCCCGCACCAAGUUCUUAUCCGCCGAGCCGGUCAUCGAGGUCCAGGUGGACGACGAGGAGACCGCCGCAGGAUCUGGCGGGGAGGAAGGAACGACGGUGACGACCAAGCAAGCGGACAGCGAUUCCGUCGGCUCGCAAAUCCUCCAAGGGGAGUUGAAUGAGGUGGGGUCUGACAUGGACAACGAGAAGGUAGAGGAGGAGCUCGAAGAGGUGAUGGAGGCAGCGGCGGUCGAAGUAGUGGAGACCUGGGAGGUGGAGGUGGAGGUGAAGAAGGCCGGGAAGGUCGAAAAGAAACGGCCAACUCCUCCCAGACUCACGACCACGUACGGCAAGAAGGCUCAGGCCCGACCCAGCUACCCCCCUCCCACCCCUCGCCAGAUCGACGCCGCCACAAAGCCUCCUUCCGGCUCGACUGGUGGAGGGACCGCCUCAUCCAGCGCUCGACCCGACAGCGGGGGCAAGAAGCGGAUCCGGCCGGCGUACAGCGACGAGGAGGAGGAGGUUGAGCCAAAGCGACGGUCCAAGCCGAGCCCCGCCUCCACUCCCGCGGCUCGUCGACAGGGCGGCGGCCGAACUGCCAAGAAGGGAGGGAAAUACGCCGAGGAGAGUGGAAGUGAGGCGGAGUAG